UCCCGGGUCUAAAUUUUCGGAGGGAAUUCGAUCCAGUCCUUCCCUUCCGCUCGGACAGUGGUUGAUGAGAAAGUGCAAAAUCGUCACUUCAGUCUGUGUACAUUUAUAUUUUAAGAGAAAGCCUAGCAACGAAACUUUCGUUUGCAGCAAAUUUUCCAAGGAGAAUAGUUUCACCACUAGUUGUGUAAAAAAUGGCAACAAAUUCUACUCCAAAGAAAGCAUCCUCAGGAUCACGUGUAGAAUCAAUGUUUAUAAAAGCCCAAAAGAACCAGAAAGCUCUUCAGGAUGACUACAAAAAUGUACCAGUUGUUAAGGAUAAGAUUCCAGUUAAGAAAGAUGCUAAACAUGACACAAAGUCCAAAGCCAUACCACCCGCGGCAAGCUCCAAGCCACCGUGUGAGGCCGCUGUCUCCAAAAAACCAAAGCCAAGAGCUGGCAACUCGAUCAGCUCUGAAUUUGAAAAGAAAGAGUAUUUUGAUACAAAAGAAGUUCUGGAAGAUAAAAUUAAUACACUCGCAGAGUGGAUUAAGCAAAGUCGCUACUGCAUAUCAUUUACUGGUGCCGGAAUCAGCACCAGUUGUGGCAUAGCAGAUUUCAGAAGCGGACUGAAUACUGUUCUUGCCACAGGACCGGGAAUAUGGGAACGUAAAGCCCAAGGAAAACAUCUGCCAUCGCAAGAGAAAAAAGUGCAAACAAUCCUCAAAGCAAUACCUUCGCCUUCUCAUAUGGCCCUUGUUAAGCUCCAACAGGAAGGCUUGGUGAAGUUUGUAGUGAGCCAAAACACAGAUGGAUUACACAGAAGGUCAGGGCUUGAUCCCAGUUUUCUUGCUGAACUCCAUGGCAACACUAACAUGGAGCGGUGCCUAAAGUGUGGCUCAAGGUACAUGAGGGAUUAUAGAACCCGAACCGCUAAGAAAGUUCACGACCAUUUAACUGGGCGCUCUUGUGACAACCCAAAAUGUGGAGGGCCUCUGGUGGACUCUAUAAUCAACUUUAAGGAAGAUCUGCCAGAGGAUGAGCUGGAGAAUGGGUUCCGUCAUGCCAAGUUGGCAGACCUGUGCAUUGUGUUGGGGUCAAGCCUUAGGGUUUACCCUGCUGCUGACAUCCCAGGUGAGAUGAUUGAAAGGGGGUCAAGGGUUGUGAUUGUAAAUCUACAAAAGACCCCAUUGAACAAGAAAUGUUCCAUGGAGGUGCAUUCCACCAUUGAUGACCUUGUACUGGGAGUAAUGAAGAGACUGGGGCUUGAAGUGCCAUCUUUCAAGCUGAAACGCUGCUUUGCAGUGGAUGCCACAACUGAUUUCCUGACAAUUCAGGGACUGGAUCCAUCCACAAAGAGUCCUUACUCCUUCCUUAAAAGUAUCAGCAUCAAGUUGCCAACUCUUGAAUCAGAUUUCCAGAUCAACAAGGAGCCCUUCUUUGUCAAGUUUCCUCGCCAUGUUUCCCUAUCAAAAGAGGUCCCUCUGCCAGUCAGCCUCACCCUCACCUUUCAGGGCCAUUAUGGUGAACCAGAGUUAGCAAUCAGUCACACCAUCAGCAGUGUUGGGCGCACCAUCUUUAUGCUUGAAUUUGAUGUAGCAUCAGCUGAAUGGCAUGUCCAUAAGCCAGAAGAGUUAAGUGGUUGAGCAGAGGUAUUGGAUUAUGAUCAUGUUAAAUGGAACAAUGUAGUUUUUAGCAAACUGUUCUGAUAAAUAUCAUAUAAUGCUGGUUAUAAGCCUCCAUCAUCCACACCUGUUGCAAACCUCUCAGGUUAUACACCCAUCUAUUAGCUAACAGCAAAAUAUUCCAGUUUUUCCCGCUAGAUGCUAGACUUCCCAAAUGCAGGUUUUCUAUAAACAUGGUCUGAUGUCCUCAGAGAGCAUUGUACUUCAAUUAAGAAAUGGCAAUGGAAUAAGUUCAAAGACCAAAAUAACAGUUUUCAUCAUGACUUUUUUUGCAUUGUAUCACUAAUCAGAGCCUUGUGGUGCUUCCUGCCAGACCCCC